AUGGGUCGUGAGCCGGUAGCGAUACCGCUUGAGAAUGCUGUUGGCGAUGGAGCGACGUUAGAUGCAGAUUUCGAAUACAUAAGUGCCGUUACGGAUUGUGAUGCGUUUCAAACACAUAUCGAUUUCUCACUGGCGUGUCGCUGCACAGACAAUUGUCGGUCAAACUGUCCAUGCCUGGCUCGCUGUACAUAUGACCCCAGCGGACGUUUGAAUAGCCGAGCCUUGGAAUUAGCAGACCGCGGCGAGUUAGGCGUGCUGCUGGAGUGCAGUUCCUGUUGUUUUUGUUCCAGUAAAUGCAAAUCUCGAGUCGCUCAAAGAGGCGUUCACUGCCGAUUGCAGGUUAUUUUUUGCAUGAAUUACCUGCAUGCAUACGGAGUACAUCAUAACAACAUCCCUUGUUUCUCGUUCUCUCACUGUUUCUGCGUAAAUGUGCGUUCAAGUAAUUUAGAUCAGAAAGUUUUGAUGCUAGAAGUACGAAAUUCUGAGAGCACAAUCCCCAACUGUAUACGCGGUUGA